AUGUUGGAGGAGGACUUCGUUGCGCAACUCUACAAUCGCAAUUUACUCUCACAGUUCGACGUGCACUACUUUCUCAACCUAUUGGAUCGUGCGAUCUCGUGGAUCGACGAGCAAGAGGGAGAGGUGGAUGAGACUCUCAAGGAAGCGAUCAAAUGCCGUCUUACCUUCCGGCGCGACUUUCUUCUGGGGCUGAAUCAGGAUAUUAAUGUUAUAGACACUCGGUCCUCCGAGCAUUUCACGUCCUGUCUAUCCAAGUUGGAUACGCUCGCUAAAACCCUGUCCCUGGGCAAAUCGGUUCCCGAGGCAUUCAGUUGGAAAAUUCAACGGAAACUGGCUAGCACCGUGCCUCCUCGUCCGAUGGUGAAGAUCAGCUCUGACGAUGCGCUGGCGCAUCUGAAACGGUUGUGCCAGGAUGCCAUUGACCUACUAGGACUUCUUGAUUACCGAGGACCGCACAACAUCAAGGUGGCUAUCUGGACGCUGUUGGCCCGAAAACCCCAACCAUCUGUAUAUAUCCGAUCCCUUCUGCAAACAAUCAUCGUGAACAAAACAACCGUGCUGGGAGCGAUCCCGGUGAAACAAUUCCUUUACGACGAGCUAGGGGAACUGGUUCUUCCCACCAGCACGUUGCUACAAGCUAGCACGGACGAAACCGAGAUGCCGACCGACCCCCGCUUCCAGAUUGCCCAGCACAUGGACGCUUUUGUGAAACGUUUCGCUCAGCCCUUCGUGGAUACUUUCCGAAGCGCCUGUCUGAAUCGCUGCCGCAUCCGCCGAACGGUCUGCCACACCAUCCUUGACUGGGACAACCUGCAGAUGGAGGCCGAAGACCUCGACGAACAGCUCCGCACUCUGAGCAACGAGCCCCCUUUAAUCCUCUCCAACGGCGACGCCACCUACUCCUACCCCCUCAGCAGCUGGGCCUACCACCAGAAACUGAACCAAUUCCGGCUGAUCCUACAACUGGGCUUCGAGCUCUCGAUCUACUCGCCCGAAGAAUUGCCCGGCAUGUACUGGUACCUCUCGCACAUCUGCUCCACGCACCUGGGCCACAUCGACCGCAUCCGCACCUUCACCGUCGGCACAGCGAAACGCAACCUAACCAGCCUAGCGGGCAAAAAGCGCCAGGCGACCGAGCGACACGCCGUGCUGCAAAGAUCGCUACGCCUGCUCGAGCGCCUAACGACGCAGAUCGUCGCCGUCGACGCCUUUGCCAUCGCCCUGCACGCGCUCUACGUGCUCCUCGCGCGCCACAAGGUCCUCCCGAACGCCGCCUCCCCGACGCAGUCGUAUGCCCGCGACCGGCUGCGCUACGAGCUGCGCAUGAAACCCUUCAUCCCUAUCACGUUACCGGAGCUGGUCCCGUUCGAGGAAUACCACCGCGAAGCGACGCUGGACGGCGACUCGGACGCCAUCGUGCUGGAGCGCGCCACCAAGGCGAUCUCCGAGGCGCGCAGGGCCUGGGAAUCCACCUUGGCCAACGGGGCGUUCGUCAAGGACGACGCCGACUCCCCACCCGCAGGCGCGCGAGCCAUCGAAGAGAACUGGAAACAGGACGUCAAGGACACGAUGCGCGCCUGCAUCGGGGCCAGCAUUGCCAUCGAGACGGUGAAAAAGGCACUCGCAGCUCGGUCCGCUGCAGGUGCAGCUAGUGACCCUGGAACCGCGAACCCCUCUGACCCGCUGCGUCUCCACGUGAACAUCCCAGAAACAGGGUCCAAGACGCGUUGGCAUGAUUGGUGGGUGGUUCCGCAGGUGUCGCAGAUCGCGAGUCCACCGUGA